UUAGUUUGUGUUUCCGGGUGAAGGCGGCAGCGGCGUGCAUUUCAACACAUCGCAGAGUAGCUAAAAGCUUCAGUUAUGCCCCUAAUAGUGAUGUGUGGAUACCCCUGUAGUGGUAAAACAAUCAGGGCAGAAGAGCUGAAGGGGUAUUUUGAGGAGAGCUCUCAACGAAAGGUUCAUAUUGUUGGAGACAAAGGUCUGGACGUGGAGAAGAACAGUGUUUACGCAGAUUCCCAAAAGGAGAAAAAUGUUAGAGCGUCUCUAAAAGCUGAAGUAGAGCGGAAAGUCACCAAAGAUGACAUCGUUAUUUUGGACUCAUUAAAUUACAUUAAAGGGUACCGCUAUGAACUGUUCUGUCUCAUCAAACAUACACAAACACCACACUGCCUGGUGUACUGUUUGACAUCAGAUGAACAGAGCUCACUAUGGAACACCAGCAGAGAAGCUGCAGAGCAAUACAACCAGGACAUCUUUGAUGCGUUAGUUCAGAGAUUUGAAGCGCCAGACUCCAGGAACAGAUGGGACAGCCCUCUCUUCACCAUCCUGAAAGACGACACGCUUCCAUUUGAGGCCAUUUCUGAUGCACUUUUCAAAAGAAAAGCUCCCCCACCGAACCAGUCCACUCAGAGUCAACCGUUGUCUUCUGUAAACUUCUUGUACGAGUUGGACAAGAUCACGCAAGAUGUGUUAAUGGCAAUUUUUAACGCACAGAAGACAAGUGUUCCCGGAGAUCUUGUCCCGGUUCCAGGAGCUACGGAGAAGGUGGAGCUAACUAGGAGCAUCAACAUGGCAGAGCUGCGGAAACUACGGCGCCAGUUCAUCAGCUACACCAAGAUGCACCCGACAGAGAACACAGGACAGAUUGCCAACAUGUUUGUUCAGUAUUUAAAUAAGAGUCUUCACUGAGCUUUUAUACUAUUGGUUUCUAUUUUAUUUUCUGUGACAAAUAAGUAUAUUUAAAUAUCUGUUUUUGUAUUAUUGGUCAUUUUAGAAUGUUACAGUUCAGUUUUAGACACGUACAAACUGAAACACCAUAUUUUUAAUGUGGAGGAACAUUUUAUUAUCCAAAAUUACAAACACACAAUCUCUAGACACAACAAUCAAAGUAGCUAUAAUGGAAAUCUGUAAAGCCAAAAGGAAAAACCAUAUCUAUACUAUGUGUUUGACAAAAAAUGUGUCUCACCAUGAGGUCUGCUUAACUUUACCUCUCAAAAGUUUUCAUCAACAUUGUGUGGCCUUUCUUAACUAAUAAACUAGCUCAGUUGUGAAAAUAAAACGGCAAAUAAAGGAAUUUUUGGUCAAGGUGCUAUUUCUGUCAUCAAGAAUGAACGUUUAAGCUCAACAGGCGACAUACUUAAAUGAAAAUUUAAUAAAAUCAGAUUUUCAACUAAAUAUUAAAAAUGACACUCUGAUUUAUGAUUAUGUUAGUUUGUCCAAUUACUUCUGGCUCCUGAAAAAAUGUGGAGGGCACAUAAAAUGUGUUGUAAUUCGUACACCAUUCACCUGAUUUGGAUGUAAAUAUCCUCACAUUAAAGCUGAAAGUGUGCACUUGAAGCAAAUCUUGAUUAUUUCAUUUCAAAUCCAGUGUGGUGGUAUACAGAGCCAAAAUGCUGAAAAUUCUGUCCAACUAUUUAUAUGCUAAAUAUCAAUCCUGACCUCUAGGUAUAUAUUUAUUAUUCCCAGAUUUUUUUUUGCUGAUGUCAUUGUUUGAAAUGAAUUCCAAGUUCAAGUCGGCAUCCAGCCAGUGCUCAGCAUUCUGAGGCACUGGUUAGCCUUAAUUCCCCGUGUUUUGUACCUGUGUUUGUACCUCUGUGUGACCAGCUCGAUAAACAGUACCCGUUUUGUUCUUUCGUGGAAUUUGUAAGCCAGUUGCUGCUGACUAAAGCUCUUACAAAGAACUUUUAUUAUGUAAGAUGAUUGCCAGAACACCAAGAGCAGGAAGUUGUUCACAGGAAUUACAAUCUGCUUUGCUUGCAAGUUCACUGAACAAAAAUACAAACACAGCAUUUCAUAUUUUUAUUAAAUCCUAUUCAGUCAUUUUCACAGACUAGAAUAAGUAUUUGUUGUUCCAGCAAACAAGGUCUAUUUUAUUAUUUAUUUCAAUUUAACCAGGAAGUCCCACUGAGAUUAGAGAUCUCUUUUACAAGGGAGACACUGACAUUCCUUCUUUACUGUGUUCUUUACCAUACUUUUACGCUCUACAACAGAAUGGGUAUCAUGAAACAACCAAGGACACACUAUACUGGACAACUGGCACAUGGAGAGUUGGAUUAUAACUAGGUUUCACAAAUCGGCAUGAUGAGGUUGUUGAUGCUGCUAUGGGGAAUAUUUUCCUGAAAGAGUUGGUGAAGUUGAUGGACAUUUUGAGAGACACAUUGUUGGAUAUCAUGAGCAUCAUGUCACAUGUUGCCUCAUUAUCCUGUCUGAACCAGUUUCUUAGAUCACAGAUGGUGGAAUUAUGGACAUUCAAGUGUCUGGCUGCAGUCCAAAGUGACCUUCCAGCGUCCAGCAUGCCAAAAGCCUGUUCUUGUCUUUUAUCAUCUGUGGCAUCAUUUCAUUUGAAUAUAACCUCAUUUUCAGGUGUUUUUAUAUAUAAUCACUGGUCAAGCUAUCUGAUCAUUUUUCUUUAAAGACACACCUGACUACACAGAUUAACUUCGUGGUCGAGAAUUUGUCACCAGCUGAACAGCUCAAAAACGUCUUCUGAAGACCUUUUGCAUAUUGCAUUUCUAUUUUUGUUCGGUGUAUAAAGUUAAUGUGACUGCAUUGGAGUGUUAAAUGAAGAGUGAUUAUGUACAUGUAUAUAAGGUAUAUAUUUCCAUAUAAAAGCAACAGAAACAAUA